ACACACAGGCUUUUCUGUUCAUCACUGUGUGUCAUUAACACAUCAAUCGCAUCGCAAAGUGUUGAGACAAAAUAAUUUCUUCGUUUUGUUCGAUUUGUGGUGCUUUCAUUUCGUGUUUUUUUGUUGUUUCGUUUUAAUAAAUUUUGCGAGAUAAAUGAAGUGAAAAAAGGAAACGAUUAAAGCGAAUAAGGUGUCCGGAAAAAAUUUCAAGUAAUUUCAGUGUGUGACGAUACAAAAGGUGAAAAUUUGUGAAAAGACAUGAAAACGAAUUGUAAAGCCAUUUAAAAAAAAAAUAUCUGCAAUUUCGGAACGCAAAAGAAAACUGAAUCGUUGUUGACAACAUCCAAAAGGCGAUAACGACCCGCAAAAUUACAAAGACGACCGAAAACACAAUGGCCGAUUUAAAAUUUAUCGUGUCCGAAGUAAACAAACUAAUUAACACGGACUACAACAUGAUUUCGUUCGAUGCAUUGCCCAUUGCGAAUUUGGUGCAAAUUCUAGUGGACGUGCUGCAUGAUUUUGGCGCAUUAUCGAAGUUUGAUGUGAAAGACUCUGAUCCCGACUUCACGAAGACCCGCAUACUGGAAGCAUUGAAUCGUAUUCAAUACCAUCGAAUCGAGCAAAAUUAUGCGUCGUUGGCGAGGAAAUUAUUGAUCGGCGAUAAACAAGAGAUAUAUAAUAUUUUUCAAUAUAUUUUUAAGGACAGUGAGAAGAAUCGGAAUGCUGUUUAUUUAUCCAAAUACUUGAUACCAAUUGAUUUACCACCUGAAGCACUGGCCAACGCCGACAUUGCCAUGCUACAAGAUGAAUACAAUCUCAUAAUGAACGAAUUUAAAGACGCACAUAAACAAUAUCAGAAAUCGAUGAAAGAAAAUUCACAGCUGCGCGAAUUACGCAGUGAUGUUGAUAUCAUCGAAAUGGAAAAAGAAAACGUGAAGAAAAGGAUCGACCGCACGCAGUCACGCUUAGACAAACUGUCGAAUCAGGAGUUACUUUUGGAAGCCGCUCAUGCAUUGCGAAUCGAACGAGAACGGCAAAAGGAGCUCAAAACGCAGCUUGAACACCAAACCGAAGACAUUCAAAGAGCAUCAACGAUUCACACGAGAUUGCAAAAUGACAUGAAAAUUGCCCGCACCAAUUCAUUGGAACUAUCACCACAUCAAAUAAUGAAUUCAUUGAAGGAAAAAACGCAGGUACUUCAAUUUAUGGUUGAAGAAAAGUUGCCCAAGGAAAUAGACGCUAAAAAGUUGGAAUUGCAAGUCUAUGAGGAUGUAAUCAAUGAACGCAACGUCAACAAUCAAUACUUGAUUAAUCUGCAAAAUCAGAUUGAUAAAAUAAGCCGCGAGUUAAAGACAAUAUCGGAAAAUAAUUUCGAGCGUCGUGAACGUGAAUCGGAUAAUUUGGUGCCAUUUCGCCAGCAAGCAGCCACAGUGAUUCGGAUUAAAGAGACAUCCGCCGAGCAAUUGGAUGAACUAACGAAAUCGACUCGUGAAAUUGAAUCGAUGAUCGCACGAAAACAAGCCGCGCUCAAGGAACGUGUUGGCGAAACGUAUUUGCGCGGCGACGAUUUAAAACAAUACGUUAAUAUGUUGAAAGCCAAGAGUUCUGUGUACAAAAAGCAACGUGCCGAAUUGUCAGCGCUAGAAAUCGAAUACAAAGAUUUGGCAUCGACGCUGGAGAAAUUGAAAGCCCAACAUCCAUCGCUUUAUAUACCGACAGAUGGAUCGUUCGGUGAUGGUGAUAACAGCGCUUUGCCCGAUGAUAUAAAACCAUUAAGCGAUAUGACCAAUGCCACACCAAUGGAUAUUUCACGUUUGGUAUCGCAUUUAACGAAAGUUGUGACCACGGCACGGGAAGAAGUCGGCACAUUGUUACACGAACUGCAACCGCUUAAGGAGAAGAUCAACGUGCUGAAAGAUGAUUGCGAUGAAAAAAAGAAGGGCUACAAUGCGGUGCAAACGCAAUUGAAUACCGAAUUAGCAAUGAUACAAAGUGAAGUAAGUGAAACGGAAAAUUCAAUCAAAGAUUUGGAGCGGUCAUGGAAUCAUUUGCAGACCAUACAAGAUCGGCACAAAGCAUUGCUGCAAAAAGCGCAAGAAGAGCUUGAAGGAAACACUUCAAAUAAAUUAUCGCUGAAGGCAACACUUACCGAUCAGAUCAAAGAACAGGAGACUACGUUAGCAGCAGUGAAAGAGGAGGUGCAACGGAUGAAAAAUGACAAAAAUAAUAUCGGUCUACAGCGCAGCAUGUGGUUGGACUUAAACACAUUAUUAAGUGUUAAAAUCGAAUGCCACCGGGAUGCGAUGGAAGCUGGUGCUGGCGGUACGCUAUCGGUAAACAAAGGUGCCGAAACGUUCACACUCAGCUAAGAGAAUAAGAUGGACGAUGGGUUCAACUGGGCACGAAGAAAAAAACUACCUGCUCAUCAGCCGGAAACAUCACAAACGAAGGGGAAAAAAAACAACAACAGCAGCAACUGGCCAUAGAUUGGCGAACUUAAAUUAGUUUCAUUUUUAAUAAAUCUAAGGAAUCUUGUUGAAGAAGCACAAAACAGACCAAAAAAAGCAACAACACACACACACACACACACACACACAAAAACCAAUAAAAAGAAACGUUUGUGAUUUGUUGAGAAUCAA